CGUUUCAAAUAAUUGAUUAACAAAACAUUUGAAACCCCUCCGUUUUUUUUAUCGGUUUUCAGUUAGCAGAGCAAUUUGCCCUGCGUAUCUCCACCAUAAAACCCCCACUUAAUCCGGCGACGUUUUCACCACACACUCAGUCACUCACUAUUUCCCUUUAUACCCCUCUUCGUCGCUAUAAACUGUUAAACUCCGUUCAGAACGGUUAACAAACAGUUUCUCCGGCCGGUGAAUUUUUCUAGUAGAAUGACCACAAUUACCUCUUCCGAAUUGAAUUACCUCGUUUUCCGGUACCUUCAAGAAUCAGGUUUUACGCACGCGGCUUUUGCUCUAGGAUAUGAAGCCGGUAUUAACAAAUGUACUAUAGAUGGAAAUAUGGUUCCACCUGGUGCACUUAUUACCUCUGUUCAGAAGGGGAUUCAAUACUUGGAGAUGGAAGCUAAUUUGACUUGUCAGAGUGAUGCAGAUGUGGAUGAAGAUUUCUCGUUCUUGCAACCUUUGGAUCUUAUUACAAAAGAUGUAUUUGAAUUACGGCAGAUGAUAAAAGAUAGGAAAAAAAAUCUGCACAAGGAGAGGGAUAAAGAUAAAGAGAAAGAUAAAGAAAAAGAACUUGAAAGGGAGCAUGAGAGAGAACGCUCUCGAAUAAGAGAAAAGGAAAGACAAGAAAGGGAGAAGGAAAGUGAAAAGGAUAGAGAGAGGGUAGAAAAGGAUAAACAUCGAGAAAAGCAGCAUGAGGAUAAUACUGAUAGAGAAAUGCUUGUUGAUCAAGCAGACAAGAAUAACAUCAAACAUGAAAAUGUCAAGCAUGAAAAUGUAAGACAUGAAGAAAAUGGAAUUUCUGGAGUUUCUUUUACAGGACCAGAAACAAUGGAUAUAUCCACUACAUCAGCAUCUCAAACAUGUGAUAUUCCUAAUUCUGAUGUGAUGGUUUUGGAGGGGCAUAUAUCAGAGGUUUGUGCAUGUGCCUGGAGUCCAACUGGAUCGCUUCUUGCAUCUGGGUCUGGAGAUUCGACGGCACGGAUUUGGUCAAUAGCAGAAGGGACAUCUAGAUCGGGUGUACAGAAUAGUCCUCUGAAUGUGCUAGUGUUGAAGCACGUAAAAGGAAGAACAAAUGAGAAGAGCAAAGAUGUCACGACACUAGAUUGGAGUACUGAGGGAACCUUACUUGCAACAGGUUCAUAUGAUGGGCAAGCAAGAAUUUGGAAUACAAAUGGUGAACUGAUGACUACAUUGAGUAAACACAAAGGACCUAUAUUUUCUCUGAAGUGGAACAAAAAGUGUGAUUUUCUUCUUACUGGUAGCUGCGAUAAAACUGCAAUAGUGUGGGACGUGAAAGCAGAGGAAUGGAAACAACAAUUUGAAUUUCAUUCAGGUCCUAUACUUGAUGUUGACUGGCGCAAUAAUACUUCAUUUGCGACAAGCUCCACCGACAAUAUGAUUUAUGUUUGCAGAGUUGGAGAUACCCGCCCUGUUAAAGCUUUUGCCGGCCAUCAGGGUGAGGUUAAUUGUGUCAAAUGGGAUCCCACAGGCUCAUUGCUCGCAUCAUGUUCUGAUGAUAUUAGUGCUAAGAUAUGGAGUAUGAAGCAAGAUAAAUAUGUUCACGAUUUGAGAGAACAUUCCAAGGAGAUUUAUACCAUCAGAUGGAGCCCCACUGGACCUGGUACAAACAAUCCUAACCAACAAUUAGUGCUGGCGAGUGCAUCAUUUGACUCCACGGUGAAGUUAUGGGAUGUGGAACUUGGUAAACUCCUGUGCAGUUUGGAGGGACACAGGGAGCCUGUGUAUUCAGUUGCAUUUAGCCCAAACGGGGAGUAUUUAGCUAGCGGGUCUCUUGAUAAGUGUAUCAACAUAUGGUCUUUGAAAGACGGUAAGGUCGUAAAAACAUACACCGGCAACGGCGGAAUAUUCGAGGUUUGUUGGAAUAAAGAAGGUGACAAAAUCGCUGCAUGCUUUGCCAACAAUACAGUAUGUGUAUUGGAUUUGAGAAUGUAAGUAGCUCUCAAGGGUGCCAAAUUAUCCAAAGAGUGCUCUAAAACACUGCACGAGCGUUCUAUUUAAUUGGUCAUCAGUCGCCUGUCGGUAGUUUCCUUUUGAUGCUUAUGGGUAAGUGUAUCUUUGAUUAGGUUAAUUUUUGUGUUUUUUUUAUUCGAAUUCUUUUAGUUGUAGCCUUGUAGGUGUUUACUAAUUUUAAUAUCUCAAUUUAAGCUGUAACACUUGCUUGGUAGCUAGGGAUCUUCUUUGUAUUUAUAUAGAUCAGUAAUGGAUUAUGUACAGAUUAUUCUCA